UAUUCUUGUUUCUGUAUUUCUGCAGCAAGGAGAUUGGAGGCUGUAGCAGUUUAUUUCUUUAUUUUUUUUAAUCCACCAGGGAUUCUGGAUUGUGAACACUGGUUGUGGAAGCAGUUUAUUCACAGGAUUUAAUACAACACAAAAUAAAAAAACGUCCUGCCCUCACUAUAGACAGGAAAUUCCUACCAAGAGAUGCAUGGUAAAUCAAUUAAAAACUUCCGGUUCUCACUGUAGACAGUCACAGGAGAGUUAUACAGUGAAUCAUCUGCUGGCUGUAAUAAUGUAAAGAUCCAUGAAAUUGCAGCUAAAUAAGUUGCAGGAUAAAAGCAGAGAUGCAGAAUCCUUGUGGUACAAAUGUGGGAACAGAGAAGUGCUGUGGGGAACACAGACGGCAACUGGAGUUGUUCUGCCAGAAGGAUGAGACAUUUAUCUGUACAAUGUGUGUUCCCAGACAUUCCAGACACAGUUGUGUGUUCUUGCAUGAGGCAGUCAAUCUGUAUAAGGACAAAGUAGAACUUGCUUUAACAUCUCUCGAGUCCAAAGUAAAAGAUUUGAAAUGUUUGCAAAACAAGAAAGAGAAGGAAACUGCAGACAUACAGGAAGAUGCUUUAUUUUUGGAACAAUACAUUAGACAAGAACUGGCAAAACUGGAUCAGUUUCUCCAAGGGAAGGAACAAAAACUCACCCAGCAGCUUAAGAACGAAGCAACCAGCAUUCUUAGGGCGAAGGAAGAAAAUCUUGAAGGCAGUAAACCUGAUAUUAUUGCCUCCCAUGUUGCAGUGUCUGAUACUAACUUGGAAUUCAGAAAUAAAGAAGCAGAGAUUCCGAAUAAGAAAGAAAAGUCUGAAUACAGUGAAACUGAUUUUACAACCACUCAAGAGACACUGUCUGAUAACAACGUGGAGCUCAUACAACAACAGCCUGUUGGCUUGCUUGUGGAGGAUGUGUUUUGUUUGGAACAACACAUUUCACAAGAAUUUGCAAAACUGCACCAUCUUCUCCAAGACAAGGAGCAAAAACUCAUCCAGCAGCGUAAGAGUGAAGCAGCAAACAGUCUUAAAGAGAUGAGAAAAAAUCUUCCAUGCACCAAAACUGAUAAUAUUCCCUCCCAUGUGGCAGUAUCUGAUUAUAACUGUGACUUCAAGAAUAAAGAAGCAGAGAUCCUAAAAGAAAAGAAAGAAAAAUCUGUAUGCCUUCAAAAUAAUAUAAUUCCCACUUGCAAGACAUUGUCUGGCAAACAGUUUGCGAACAGAAAACACAAACCUAUUGAUCUGCUUACGGUACCCAAAACCUUUGAGGAAGUUGCUGUUACUUUCUCAGAAGAGGAAUGGAAGAUGUUAACAAAAGAGGAUAAGGAACUACACAGGGAAGUGAUGGUCCAGAACUAUGAAACCUUGAUUUCAGUAGGAUUCAAAAUCCCUAAAAGAAAACUGUUACUCCUGAUCAAAGCAGGUAAGGAUGUAACAGAACGUGAGAUGGUGGGGAAAAGUGCUGCAGAACAGAAGUUUAAUCUUAAAGCUAACCUUCACAGUACCAGAAACACAGAAUACAGUGUAAGUUGCAGUCAGCGAACUUCACUUGGGACAUCCCAAUUACAACGCCCAGCAGAGAACCUGCAGCAGUCAUCACAGUGUGCGAAGAGCUAUAAGAAGUCUCAUCUCCCUCCUGUACUACAGUCUGUCUCCAGAUAUAACUGUAGGAAGAGCGCUGAAUGUGACACAACUCAGACAGCACUUGCACUAAAGAAGAACGAUAUAAAUGUACUGAAUGUACUAAGUGUUUCCCAUAUUUUCAGCGUUCUUCAACGUCAUAAUGCCAUUCAUGCAGCAGAGAAACCAUAUAAGUGCAGUCAGUGUAGUAAGGGCUUCACAUGUCUCAGCAGCCUUCGACGGCAUAAUGCUGUUCACACUGGAGAGAACCGUAUAAAUGUACUGAGUGUAGUAAGUGUUUUGCACAGUUCAGCAGUCUCCAACUUCAUAAUGCCACUCACACCGGGGCAGCCAUAUAAAUGUACUGAAUGCACAAAGAGUUUUAUAUACAAGUCUCAGCUAAAAUACCAUCAGAUCACUCACACGGAAGAGAGACCUUAUAAAUGUACUGAAUGCAGUAAGUGCUUUGCACAGCUCAGGAGUCUACAGAAACAUAAUGCCAUUCACUUGGGAGACAAACCAUAUAAAUGUGCUGAAUGCAGUAAGAGCUUCUUGUAUCUCGUUAGUCUUCGAAACCAUCGUGCCAUUCACACGGGAGAGAAGCUAUACAAAUGUACUGAAUGUAGUAAGUGUUUUGUAUCUAAGUCACACCUAAAAUGCCAUCAGAACACUCACACAGGGAUGAAGUACAAGUGUGCUGAAUGUAGUAAAUGUUUCACAUAUCUUAGUAGCCUUCGAAAGCAUGAGGUCAUUCACACAGGCUGGAAACCGUAUAAGUGUGCUGAAUGUAAUAAGUGUUUCUCAGAAUUCAGUAACCUUCGUAGGCAUCAAGUCAUUCACACAGGCCAGAAACCAUAUACAUGUGCUGAAUGCAAUAAGUGUUUUACAAGUCUCCGUGGUCUAAGAUUGCAUAAUAUAUACCAUACAGGAGAGAGUCAAUAUAAAUGUGCAGAAUGCAAUAAAUGUUUCACACGUUCUCGUGACCUUCAAGAACACAAUGCCAUUCACACAGGAGAAAAACCAUAUAAAUGUGCUGAAUGUGGUAAGUGUUUUCGACAAAUGUCACAUCUAAUACGUCAUAGAAGCGGUCACACAGGAAAUAAACCAUAUAAAUGUACAGAGUGUAGUAAGUGCUUCACCCAUUCCAGUUACCUUCGAAAGCACACUGCCAUUCACACUGGAGAGAAACCAUAUAAAUGUACUGAAUGUGGUAAGUGUUUUCGACAAACAACACACCUAAAACGCCAUCAGACAACUCAUACAGGGAAAGCCAAAGGAGAGUAG